GGGAGAUCGUGGGCAGCCUUGCAGCUUCCCCCUCCCCACUCCUGGACCAUGCACCCCUGCAUCUUCUUGCUCGGCCACAGGCGAGGACUUGAUUUCUUGAGCUAAAACUUGUUGACUUUUCUCUCCGCAACAACUGAACCAUGCCAUGUGCACAGAGGAGCUGGCUAGCAAAGCUCUCCGUGGUGGCUCAGCUCCUAAACUUGGGGGCCCUUUGCUAUGGGAGACAACCUCAGCCGGGCCCUGUGCUCUUCCCGGACAGGAGGCAAGAGCAUUUUGUCAAGGCCCUGCCAGAAUACCACGUGGUGGCUCCUGUCCGAGUCGACGCGAGCGGACAUUUUCUAUCUUAUGGCUUGCACCAUCCUGUCACCAGCAGCAGGAAGAAGAGAGAUUUGGAUGGCCCAGAGGACCGAGUGUACUAUAGAAUUUCCCAUGAGGAGAAGGACCUGUUUUUUAACUUGACGGUCAAUCAGGGAUUACUUUCCAAAAGCUACAUCGUGGAGAGGAGAUAUGGGAACCUCUCCCAUGUGAAGAUGGAGGCUUCCUCGGGUCCUCCCUGCCAUCUCAGGGGCACAGUUCUGCAGCAAGGCACCAGGGUUGGGACUGCAGCCCUCAGUGCCUGCCAUGGACUGACUGGAUUUUUCCAUCUGCCACAUGGAGACUUUUUCAUUGAGCCUGUCAAAAAUCAUCUGCUGGCUGAGGGAGUAUACCACCCACAUGUCAUGUACAGGAGGCAGAGGCCGGGCGUCCCAGAGAUGAAGGAGCCAACCUGCGGAUUAAAGGACAGUCUUGGCACCUCCCAGAAGCAAGAGCUACAGCGAGAGAAAUGGGAGAGGAGCAAGCUGCCAGGCAGAAGCCUCUCUCGGCGUUCCAUCAGCAAGGAGAGGUGGGUGGAGACACUGGUGGUGGCCGACACGAAGAUGAUUGAGUACCAUGGGAGCGAGAAUGUGGAGUCCUAUAUCCUCACCAUCAUGAACAUGGUCACCGGGUUGUUCCAUAACCCAAGCAUUGGCAAUGCAAUUCACAUCGUUGUGGUUCGGCUCAUUCUACUUGAAGAAGAAGAGCAAGGAUUGAAAAUAGUUCACCAUGCAGAGAAGACACUGUCCAGCUUCUGUAAGUGGCAGAAGAGCAUCAAUCCCAAGAGUGACCUCAACCCUGCCCAUCAUGAUGUGGCCGUCCUUCUCACCAGAAAAGACAUCUGUGCUGGUGCCAAUCGCCCCUGUGAGACUCUGGGUCUGUCCCACCUGUCGGGAAUGUGCCAGCCUCACCGGAGUUGUAACAUCAAUGAAGACUCUGGACUCCCCUUGGCUUUCACAAUUGCCCAUGAGCUUGGACACAGCUUCGGCAUCCAGCAUGACGGGAAGGAAAAUGACUGUGAGCCUGUGGGCAGGCACCCGUCCAUCAUGUCCCGCCAGCUCCAGUACAAUCCCACCCCACUGACGUGGUCCAAGUGCAGCAAGGAGUACAUCACCCGCUUCCUAGACCGAGGCUGGGGGUUCUGUCUUGAUGACAACCCCAAAAAGAAAGGCUUGAAGUCCAACGUCAUUGCCCCUGGAGUGAUCUAUGAUGUUCACCACCAAUGCCAGCUGCAGUAUGGCCCCAAUGCUACCUUCUGCCAGGAAGUAGAAAAUGUUUGCCAGACACUGUGGUGCUCUGUGAAAGGCUUUUGUCGCUCCAAGCUGGACGCUGCUGCAGACGGGACGCGAUGUGGUGAGAAGAAGUGGUGUAUGGCUGGCAAGUGUAUCACAGUGGGCAAGAAACCAGAGAGUAUUCCCGGAGGCUGGGGCCGCUGGUCACCCUGGUCCCACUGUUCCAGGACCUGUGGAGCUGGAGCCCAGAGUGCAGAGAGGCUCUGCAACAACCCUGAACCAAAGUUUGGAGGGAAGUACUGCACUGGAGAAAGAAAACGCUAUCGCUUGUGCAACAUUCACCCCUGUCGCCCAGAUACACCAACAUUUCGGCAGAUGCAGUGCAGUGAGUUUGACACUGUUCCCUACAAGAAUGAAUUCUACCACUGGUUUCCAGUUUUUAAUCCAGCACGUCCUUGUGAGCUCUACUGCCGACCCAUAGAUGGCCAGUUUUCCGAGAAAAUGCUGGAUGCUGUCACUGAUGGUACCCCUUGCUUUGAAGGCGGCAACAGCAGAAAUGUCUGUAUUAAUGGCAUAUGUAAGAUGGUUGGCUGUGACUAUGAGAUCGAUUCCAACGCCACGGAGGAUCGCUGUGGUGUGUGCCUUGGGGAUGGUUCAGCCUGUCAGACCGUGAAGAAGGUGUUUCAACAGAAAGAAGGAUCUGGUUAUGUUGACAUCGGACUGAUUCCAAAAGGAGCCAGGGACAUACGGGUAAUGGAGGUUGAGGGAGCUGGAAACUUUCUGGCCAUCAGGAGUGAAGACCCUGAAAAAUAUUACCUCAAUGGAGGAUUUAUUAUCCAGUGGAAUGGGAACUACAAGCUGGCAGGGACCGUCUUUCAAUAUGACAGGAAAGGAGACCUGGAGAAACUGAUGGCCACAGGUCCCACCAAUGAGUCAGUGUGGAUCCAGCUUUUAUUCCAGGUGACUAACCCAGGCAUCAAGUAUGAGUACACAAUCCGGAAAGAUGGCCUUGACAAUGACGUGGAAAAGCUGGUGUAUUUCUGGCAGUAUGGCCGCUGGACAGAGUGCAGUGUAACGUGUGGGACGGGUAUACGCCGCCAGACUGCCCAUUGCGUGAAGAAGGGUCGCGGGAUGGUGAAAGCUACGUUCUGUGACCCAGAAACACAACCCAAUGGGAGACAGAAGAAGUGUCGUGAAAAGGAUUGUCCACCCAGGUGGUGGGCAGGGGAGUGGGAAGCAUGUUCGGCGACAUGUGGGCCCCACGGAGAGAAGAAGCGAACAGUGCUGUGCAUCCAGACCAUGGGCUCUGAUGAGCAGCAGGCUCUCCCGGCUCAAGACUGCCAGCACCUGCUGAAGCCCAAGACCCUCACCUCCUGCAACAGAGACAUCUUGUGUCCGUCAGACUGGACCGUGGGCAACUGGAGUCAGUGUUCUGUUUCCUGUGGUGGCGGAGUGCGGAUUCGCAGUGUCACGUGUGCCAAGAACCACAAUGAGCCCUGCGACGUGACAAGGAAACCCAAUAGCCGAGCUCUAUGUGGUCUCCAGCAGUGCCCAUCUAGCCGGAGAAUUCUAAAACCCAACAGAGGCACAAUUUCCAAUGGGAAAAAGCUACCAACAACUGACCCCUUCAAGCCCAUCCCUCCAACUACACCUAGUCCUAGGGUGCUGACUACGCCCACAGUGCCUGAGCCUAUGAGCACAAGUGCUCUGACGAUUCACAGCCCUGGUCCUACCACAGCCUCCAAAGAAGGAGACCUGGAUGGGAAACAGUGGCAGAAUAGUUCAACCCAAACUGAACUGGACUCCCAUUAUGUCAUUUCCACUGGAAGUACUUCCCAGCCCAUCCUCAAUUCCUGGUCUUUGAGUACCCAGCCAAAUGAAGAGAAUGUUUCCAGUCCAGACACUGGUCCUAUCUCAGAGGGAGACCUUGUAGUCACAACAAUGAGUGGUUCUGAUUUGUCAACCCCCAGCAAUCCUGUGACAUGGCAGGUGACUCCAUUUUAUAAUCCCUUGACCAAAGAGCCAGAAAUGGAGAUUCAUAGUGGCUCAGGGGAAGACCGUGAACAACCUGAGAACAAAGAUGAGAACAACUCUGUGACAUGGACCCAGAUCAGAGUACCUGGAAGUGAUGCUCCAGUGGAAAGAAGUACAGAAAUGCCACUUGGACCUCCACCAACACCUUAUCUUAGAGGGGCAUCCCUGUGGCCACCCUUCAGCACAGUGUCGGAAGGACUGGUGCCCAGCCAAAGGCCCACCACUCUCAAAAAUGGUGCACCCAGAGCUGAGGGGAUGGUCACUGAAAAGACAGCUAACACUCCACUCCCUCCGGGAGGAGACCACCAGCCAGCAUACUCAGAAAAGCCAGUAAACCAUCACCCCCAAGAACUUCCAAGCAACAUGAAUCUAACACAGAGUUCCGGACCAGUCCUGACCGAGGAAGACGCAACCAGUCUGAUUGCUGAAGGGUUUUUGCUGAAUGCCUCGGAUUACAAGCAGCUCUCCACGGGCCGCAGCCCUGUGUACUGGACUGUUGGAAACUGGAGCGAGUGCUCCAGAAACUGCAGCGGGGGCUUCCAGAUCCGGGAGAUUCAGUGUGUGGACCGGGACCAACGCAGCCUGAGGCCAUUUCACUGCCAGUUCCUGGCUGGCCCUCCUCCUCCACUGAGCAUGAGCUGUAACCUGGAGCCCUGCGAGGAGUGGCAGGUGGAGCCUUGGAGCCAGUGUUCCAGGUCAUGUGGAGGCGGAAUUCAGAAGAGAGGAGUGACUUGUCCAGGAGGGCUGUGUGACUGGACGAAAAGGCCCACAUCCAUUGCACCCUGCAAUGGGCACCCUUGCUGUCACUGGGCCACUGGGAACUGGGACCUGUGCACUGCAUCCUGUGGAGGUGGCUUUCAGAAGAGGACUGUCCAUUGUGUUGCCUCAGAGAACAGUAAAACUGAAGACCAGGACCGAUGCCUGUGUGAUCACGAACCCAGACCCCUAGAAUUCCAAAAAUGCAACCAGCAGGCCUGCAGGAAGAAUGCUGAUUUACUUUGCACCAAAGACAAGUUAUCAGCCAGUUUCUGCCAGACACUAAAAGCCAUGAAGAAAUGUUCUAUGCCUACCGUGAGGGCUCAGUGCUGCCUCUCGUGUUCCAAGACACACAUCGCCCACACCCAAAGGCCAAGAAAGCGACAGCCACUCAAAAACCCCAGAGCACCCUAAGUCCAGAAGAAAGCCACCCUCCACCACAGACUGCAGCAGCCUGCUGACCGUGACGUGUUCUAGGCCCAGGGACCACUUCACUGCGGUUUUACCGUGUAUUUCAGGUUCAACUUUGGCUCAUAACUAAACAAAGCCCACUGUUCUUUAGCCACAAAACGCCCCUCAUAGGAGACAUGGGACUGUAAUACUCACCGCUCCCUGAUAGGCAGGUGAGGUAUCCAGGAGAAUCGGUCCUUUCGUGAGAUCAGCUCGUGGGAAAGGUGCCAAGGUGGGCAAGUCUGUGAAAUGAUGUCUUUUGUUCCUCCCUUAAAGAUAAAAACAGAGAGACCAGAUUUUUUCCCAGACUACCUCAAGAGUAUCAGGAAACAGAGCCACACUUAUCCAGGGAACAAAUAACCUUGUUAAUUUACCUUGGUGAAAUCACCCUUUUUUGUCUCCCUGCUUGGGGCAGCUGCUGCUUAAAAUGUCAUGGGAGAGCUUUCAGGAACAUUCUUGUAAUUCAUCCAGGCAGGGGACCGCUUUCUUCACCCCGUGUUCAACUGGGGCAGGAAGAGAAAGUGCUGGCUUCAUCCUCAGCCUGUCCCUAAUCCCUAUGGACUCUUCAUCUGGGCUGUUUGGACUCCCAUUCCUUCCUGGAGACACUAGAAGAAGAGGACAUGGGCAGGAACUGUAGGCUUUAGUGAACCUAAGGGAUUUAGGUUAGUUAUACAGAAGACAUUUCUGACUUAAGGAUAAUUUCUAUGAAAACUCUUAAAAAGAAAAUUAACAGAAAUCAAUUUCUUGCUAGUAUAAGGAAGAGAAGAACAUGGGCUUUUUGUUCUUCCCACUCCCCUGGCAAAUACCCAUUCCUUUGCAGAAGAGCAAAUGAGUCUUCCUGUGUGGCUUUCCCUUCUCUAGCAGAUUCCCUGCCUGAGUCUUCAGCUCAAGGUGAACGUCUUUUCACCACUAGGGGUUUACACACCGCAACUGCUACAGCCAGGUCCACAGCUGCAACCUGCCCCCACCCACCCUCAGGUUGGAAGAUGGAGCUCUAGAUUAAAAUAUUUCCGAGAACCAGGUAAAUUGUAUUAAGUAUAGAAAAACAGUAUAAACUUCUAGUCUCGAGAAAAAAAAAAUUUUCAGAAGUGAGGUAAAUCCGAUCUAUUCUCUAGCACACCCAAUAGUUACUUUUGAGGAUCUGUUUUCUGGGGUGGGGGUGGAGGACAGGUGAGUCAGGUAGUCCAAAAAAGUGAAAUGAAAGUUAGAAUGCUUAUUCUGGAUGUUUCCAUCACCCGUCAGGAGUCAAAGUAAGCUGUGGUCUCAGAUUCAAGGUGAAUUUCCUGGUUUGUAAGGGGAGGUAUUUAUAUGAACUGAACGUGGAAAAUGAGGGUUGUGGAGCCCCCAGGGGAAGAAGCCCUCAGAAUCAGCUCUUGACAGAGGGGAAGGCAGGAGAGUAGGCUUCACGUAAUGGGCAGCGUGUCUUCAGUCUCACGCACAGGUCCCGUUAACAUUCACCAUGGAGCACAGUAUUCCAUCUCUCCCUUGAAUUAUCUAUCCGUUCAGCAGAAUGGUGCUAUUGAAAAAUGGUGCUAAUAUCUAGUUGGUGGCAGAACACAUAUAAACAUAUAGAUAGAUGUACCAGUGGGCAAGUCCACAUGCAUCUUCUGUUAAAUUUGUAAUGGUGUUGCUGGCCAACGCCAGUUCUAUUGCUUGGAUACCAGAAGCUUAAAUUUUUUAUAUUAUGCGCUUUUUUUUCAAGCCAUUACUGUGUAUUAUUAUGAUAAAUGCCUGUGGGAAAUAAAACACUGGGGUUGGGAUGAAAUUUGAGAUAGAGCAGAAACAGGAGGUGAGUAGAAAUGUUUACCAAAACCAGAGAAUUUAUUUCUAUAUAAUUACGUUCUUGUAUUCUGUCUUUAAAUCUAAACAUUGCUGGCCAGUGACAGUCUCUGGUGAAAUAAGUUUUAGCAAGAAGAUGCUUACAUUGUCAGUGAUGUGAGUAGAAAAGAACCUGAUUUUUUUCUAAUGAGGCCGUUCUCAGAAACUGUCCCUGAAGUAUAGUGUAGGCUUUCAGGGAGAUUAAUUUAGUAAGUUGGAUGGAUUUAACUUAACCUGGUACUCUGCUACCCUAGGAUCAUGCAUGUCAUCAGAGACCUGGAUAUGACCAGUCUUACAAAACUCAGGAACAAACUCCGAUUCCUACUGACCUCAGCAAACUAAACUAGGCCAGAUUUCCCAAUAUGCAAAAUGUUAUUUAUGACCCAUGUGGCAAAGAUGGUAGAAAUGUAGGAAGGGUCUGUCCGGGUGCUCCAUUCUAGGCCUUUCUCUAGUUUCUCAAAGGCAGAAUAUUGGCCCCUAACCCUGCAUCAUGGACAUUCACUUCCUAUGUGGGGCUGUGUUGUAAGACAGUUGGGUAGCAGCUGUCCUGGACCCCAGAAUCAAGACAGCACUUGCUACUAGAGUCAUUUGACAUGGUUGUUGCCUUGACAGUCACUCAGCUUUGGGUCAUCAGGGUUUUGACAGGUCCCCAUGUUUGCAAUAAGAGAGGGACCUCAGAUUAACAGGGAGACUCUGAAGACAAGAACCUGAAUGGUGUCUGACCAUCCUUUUGGUGCUCACGGGGGCCAACAUGAAGUAGCGUUGUUGGUUUAUUUCUUCCAUGGCCUCCUUUCUUCCCACCUUGAACAAGCAACUGAGAUGUACAGCAAGAGACACAUCUACCGUGAAUCAGAGAGGCCGCCACAGGGCCUGGUGCUUAAAUACGUGAAGGUUCUCAAACCCAAUUUGGUUUACGUUGCCUCUCCCGGUGGUAGAGUUAGCUCUUCUCUGAAAAGGUGUGGGUUAAUUUAAUUCUUAAACAUCAAAACAUAAUUCAACACACCACAAGAAAACAAUAUUUGAAGAGACUAAAUAGUGAAUAUUUUUGUAAAACAGGAAAUCAUUUUGUGAUACAAGCAAUGGCCCCUUUGUAGGAACGACUUGUUUUAAUAUUUGGUUUUCUUAAUCAAGAAUGCACCUCCAUCCAAUCUCCUGACCCAUCUCUACUUGGUGGGGUCAUCCCAGUGUGACGCUUUCAGAUAGUUAGUGAAUGUUUUUGAUAACCUUUAUCACAUUUCUGGAACACAAGUUGAGGGAUUUAUAUUGUUUCAGAUCAUAAUUUCCCAAUCAGUUGGCUAAAAUCCUCCAAACUCUGAAAGCUACACAUUGCUACCCCCGAGAUUACAGGUCUUAGCUCUUCUCCCUUCUGACUUUAGGAUCAAGCCCUGGGACAAUGAAUCUAUGCAUAGCGAUUCACUUUCAAGAGAGAGACCACAUGACAAGAACUGUCUGUCUGGUGCUAAAACUUAGCCAACAUAUUAGAUGCUACUCUUUUUCUGUUGUAGUGCUAGUUCAAAUAUUAUUAGUAGUAUUAUUUUUAAGUUAUGUCAUUUAAAAAAACCUGGUUGAGGGAAGCACAAUUCUACCUAUCACUGUCCUCCAAAGUGGUUGUAUGGGGUACACGGCCCCAUCCAUUGUCCUCUCUGCAUCUCUGCUGCUUUGCCAGGCCCAGCCUCCUUAAGGGGUACCUUGGUGGGUACCUCAGUAUUUAAAACCAGACUGUAACCAUAGCCUGCCAUUGUGUGGCAUCAAUAAAUGGCCAAACU